AUGCACUGCAAAAGGCAAAAGAAACCGUGGGUCAAAGAAGAAGAGCACAGGACUUUGGAAUCUACAUCUUCCCUCAGAUCUCCUGCAGGAGAUACUGUCCCGCCUCGGGUUAAAAGAACAUACAAGCUUCCGUGGUCUGCAAGGCAUGGUGUGAAGCAGCUGUUUCCGUCAGGAAGUCAAAGCGCCGUCCAUUGCUUUUUCAUCCAACUCGCGGAUCGUCUCCUACUGGCUCAACCUACAUCAUCCUUGCUGACCCAUUACGGUCUCUAUCUCGAAGACAUGAGGUCGAUUCCCCAUAUUUAA